CCACUUUGAAAUUCGUUGGGAACCGGGGGAUCAACCGACACGCGCUGGCGAGCUUCGCGGUUUCUUUUCUGCAGCUUUCACCACAACACGUCAUUGGUGCUCGAGCGACACUUAUUUACGACAUGAAGCAGCAGUAGCAGGCAUUGAAUCAUUACUUUUCGUCCUGUUUUAACUUUGCAUUUGCGCGCCAAAAGAAUAACCUUCAGUUUUUCACGAGAUCCACCACAGCGACUUUGGGUUCAAGAUGCUCGGUUUCGCAGGUGGCUUGGAACGGGCCGCCGCCGCCGCGCAAACUGAUGAUGUUUUGCAUUUUACAGAGCAACCCCGAGUCACAGCCAAUGCCUUCCUCCCACCAAGGAUUCCAGCCCCAAAACCAUGGCAGCGCGUUGCGGUCGACCCCGUGGCAGGCCAUAAACAGCGAAAGAUUUGGAAACGCGUCCCCGGUUCGAGUGGGUCGAAUCCUGCGCGCGAUGCCUAUCUACGCGACAUGGCCGAGCUUGAGGAUGCGCGGGGCCAGAACCCGCGAAAGCGCGUGAGGGGGAGUGCUCAUGUUCCGGUCUACGGUGAUGCGAAAUGGACCAACCGGCCGAGGAACGCACGCCUUAUUGGAAGUGUGGACUUGGGCGAGGCGAGAGCGUUCGUGAACAAAGUUAACGAGGAAGCCAAGACCUUGGAGACGAGCUUCACCACCAAGGACGCGACAUUCCCGGAUAACCGACUGAGCUGGGUACCAAGAAAGCGACAUAACUCCCGUUGGCCAAUUCCACCAAACAUGGACCGGACUACCGACUUCGAGAUACCAUCUGCUCCUCAGGCCGCCGAGCCAACGAUCCAGAUCGACGACAAGGCUUCACUGAACAGAUCAACGCGCAGACUCAGUAGACGUUUUACUCUCCUUCCAUACGGAGACGAAUCACCAAGGAAAUUGCUGAUGCCUAGGCUCUCCCCCACCAAGAAAUCGGCGUCUGCCCUGUCGCCUGUCAAGAAGGUGCCCGCAAUUACGAUGUUGUCGCCCAUUAAGGUGUCCGACUCACCGCUCAGGGCCUUCAGAAUCCACGCAACUCCAACAAAGGUGGUGUUGGAAUCGCCCAAGAUGAGCCCGCCAGAGAAAUCUCCCUCGAAACCCUCACCUGCUACCUCGACCCCUGGAGCGAUGCUGCCACCAGCAACAACGCCAAGAGCCAUUGCUUCACAGCUGCAACAUACCGACAGUCCCGUUCCCCUCAUCUUUGACCAACCGACAUCAGAUAGCGUUGCGGAACCUCAACACGAAGCUCGUCGACGCAUUUCUCUUGCAGCUGCUCGUAGAACUGAACGCAAAUCUCUUGGCAUCUCCCGUCUGGACGCUGUGCGCAAUAGUCCAAAUCGACGACAUAGCUUCAACAACCUUGACGCCUUGAUUGCCGAAGGAAUGGAUAGUGGUAAGGGGCGCCGCAGUACGCUAGGCGGAGGGUUUCUGUCUUCGAAGGAGGAUGUUAUCGAGAUUGAUGCCAAGACCAACUUGGACAUUUUUGGUGAACCAUCCAAGGCUGUUGCCUCGACCCCCAGGCGAUUCGCCUUUGGUGUCGAUAAACUCGAUGAAACUCCUCAACCAUCUGCACCUCUGGAUGGUUUCUUCAGUCCUCUUAUGACCGACAUCUCAGACAUGACAGAAAGCGCACCAGCCAAGGAUGCCAGCCCGCAGCAACAGCCAGAACAGGCAGCAGCUAGCCCUGCUCCAUGUGCGACCGAUGCAGGGGACGAGCCAUCAGUUCUCGAGGAUUCUACCCCGCUCCCGGCCUCUAUCGAAGAGUCACCGGUCGAGGAACACCAGCCAGCCGAGGUUGAAAAGUCGCCAGCCCCUGAGGAGCAACCCACGGAGGUGGAAGAGGUGUCCGCGCUUGUCAAGGAAGAGCAAGUCGCAGAGAUCGAGGAGUCACCGGUUUAUGAACACCAGGCUGCCGAAGGCGACAUUUCUUUCACCCCUUACGAACCCGAAGGUCUGUCAACCAUUUACGAGGAGUCCACUAUCAUUGAGUCUCCGAGGAAAUCUCCCAGAAAAUCCCCCGUCAAGGCCGUUUCUGCUGUCGAGGUCCAAGACACAUCCAUAGUCAUCGAAGAACAUGAGGCUAUCUCUUUCAUCGAGCCAGGCGUUGUUCUCAAGGCUACUGAGGAAUCUUCCAUUGAGAAGAACGACAUGCCUGCCGCUCCCUCAACCCCUCGCAGCACCAGGGUGGCCCCUAGUAGUCCCUCAACGCCUCUCCAGAACCACGAUCUUGAUGCUGUUCUCCAGUUGAGCAUCAAGCGAAGUAUCAAGCGCAGCGCCAGAAAAGACGAGGUUCCCCGUUUCAACCAGUUGGAUGGUUCACCUUCCACACCAGGCGCCCAUGAGGAUAGCUUUGCCUCGAUGGAUGAUACAUGCGAGCUCUCAGACCUCAGCAUUUGCAGUGUCGACAUCUCUACUGAACAUCUCGUCACCACCACAACUACCUCGCCCCCAAUUGCCUCGCCACAACAGCAGCCUACCGAUUCGCCUGUUGCCAGUCCCUCUCAACCAGAGGCCGAGGCCAAUGCGAAGGAUGAAGAGGUAUCUUUGCCAGAGACCGCCCCUCUUCCUGUGGCCCUCUCAUUUGAGAGCGAUGCGGACACGGUUGUCGACCCUUUCGCUCAAGAUACCGUAGACGAGAAGGAACCCGUUGAGGUUGAGAAGACAAGCUCUCCCACUCCUGAAUGCGAUGCUCCCUUGUCUCCCCAGGUAGCCGAGGACGAGGCUAUUGUACCCCAGGCCAAAGUCUUGGCGCCUGGCACACCCCCUCAGGCCACGCCCAUCGCACAAAGCGAGGAGACAGGGAAGGUCUCAACACUCGAACAAAGGACUGAAGACAAUGUCGACGCAUCUGAGGCCUCAGGUUUUACGCCAAUUCAUGGCCGUCAAUCCUCGCCAACUGAGCUUGUGCAACCUGCUGUGACAACACUUGCUGAUGAACUCGAGGCUGAGUCGGACGACCUGGAUGAAGAUGAAGUAGUCGAACAAGAUGUAGUUGAUGAAGCAUGCGAUGAGCUUACCAUGGCAGUGGAUGACGAUUUCACCUCGGUGCCGCCCCCUCAACCAGAGAACGAUACGAUUCAAUUGCAGGCGAGGCACGACGACUCGGAGGCGGAAUUGCUGCGGAAGUUUGUGACGCGGGUGACUGCUGAUAAGAACGCAAAGGCCGCCGCCGCUGCCGCUGCAGCAGCCUCGAUAGCGCAAAACUCCCGUCUCAAGCGUCGGUCUGGGUCAAUGAGCACCAUCACCUCCUCUACCGGUUCGCCCAUGCUCAAUGCAGAGGCCGAUACCCCCGCGGAUAGGAAGCCCUUGGAUGCCCCGGAUAGUCCCAGUCAGGCGCCUCCUCCCAAGCGCCGGCGCAAGCGCGUCCUCGGUUCCUCGGAAAACACCCUCGACAGAAGCACUCCCGUUGCUCCCCCACCACCGGAUGAUGAAGCUCCCCGGAGGUCUACCCGUGCCCGGAGCACUCGAACUCUCCGGCCCACAGCACCUUCGGCAAACUCGAUUGCUUUGUCGUUGAUUCCGGUGCGGCUGCCUGGAAUGGGAGCCAUGGAUGACAGCACCAUGGAUGCCACCCUUAACAUGGCCAGGCAGCGCAACGAGGAGAAGGACUUGGCUACCAUGACGAGGGUCAACACCCGCAAGAACAAGGGCCAAGCUGUCCACCCUGCUGUGAUUCUGGCGAGGCAUGCUGAGGACUCUUCGUGGAAAGUCAACGAGGCUAAGGCCGAGCCCAAGGAGCCGCGCACCAACCCAGAUCGGACGGUCAAGAACGUCAGGUGGGCUGAGGAACUGGCUAGUUACCAGGGCGAGUCCCCAGUCCUACCGGCUGCCGAUGCGAACGAUGUCAAGGAUGUUCCUGUCGUCAAGACCACCACAACGACCAACUUCAUGAUGUCACGGGCCAUGGAGGAUGAUGAUGAUAUGGAUGAGCUCGCUAUUCCUACCAUCACCGAGGUGCCGCUUCCUCCUACUGUAUCAAAGGCUGCGUCAGUGGCAGAGAACAAGCCUGAGCCUCCGAAAACCAGGACAAGGAAGGUUGUUGCCGCUACGGCAUCCACAUCAACUGCUGCUGUUCCCAAGGCUGCUGCUCCCAAGGCUGCUGCUCCUAAGUCUGUUGCCACUAAAGUUGAUGCCCCUAAGACUGCUGCUGCUAAGGCUGCCGCGCCUGUCGCUGCCGCUUCCACAAGACGCAGCACUAGAUCUACCAGACUGCAGACGCCGACUCCUAUGAAGAAGGUUGUCUCUGCUGAGAGCACCACGGCUCCCAAGCGGGCUAUCCCUUCAAGGGCGAAGACUGCUUUGCCCAAGCCUGCUGCUUCGACAGCUGCUACCAAGGCCACUGCGGCCGCGCCUGCCAAGCCUGCCACUGCUUCGGCUUCGGGCAUCAAGAAGGCCGCUGGGAGGCCGACGAGACGGACUGAUGUUGCCAAGUUGGGGAUGACCACUGUUAACGGGACGCCUGCCCCCAAGAGGAGGGGGAGACCUGCGGCUUCUUCAUCUUGAGUUGGUUUUACUAGCAUUUGGAUUCAGUUUGGCAUGGGUUGGGAUUGAUGAUGGAUGACACUGCAUAGAUGGGUUGGAUGAAUGGUUGGGAUUGUUGAUGGAUAUAGGCAUUGUUGUCUUGUUGUGGUUAUUUGUUUAUCCUUUUUUUCUUCCUCGGGAAAGCGAAUACCCCGUUGUUUGGCUUGGUUUGGUGUGGCCUGUCUAGGAGAUACCUUUGUUGGGUUAGGGAGGGUGGUAUUAUGUUUGGGAUUGAGUAGGUAUAUUAUGCAUUGAGAUGGAUGGUAUGUGGGAUGGAUAGCACCACGCUCUCGUUUUGUCCGAAUAGCUUGAAGCAUGCAAGGAGGUAGCAUUUGUGUUUACUUGCCCCUGAACAAGUUGUCUCUCACGGGUCAAUAUCUUCGAGAGCUCGCUCA